UCCUCUGAGGGACUAGUUCCGAUACGUCGAACAUAGCCAACAGCGAUCACUAUUCAGGUAAAUACUGAACUUUCUAAUACCUCUCACCGAGCGCAGGCAUCUUCAGCUAGCAGACGAAGCUCGCAAAGAAUCGGAAGGGCCUUCGAACCACAUUCCCCCGUACGCAAACGCUUCACCAGGAUCCGGAAUGAUCAAAAUCCCUCACUUACAAGCAUUUACGAGCAUUUCUGUUGGAUCAUGCCAUUCGCUCGAACCCUCGCUUUCACGGGAGCCAAGAUCUUUAGCUCUCCAGCUCUCCAGCCACGUUCCACAGGCUGGCAGGUACCAGGUCGGCUACUACCCUUUACAACAGGAUGAUCUACAGUUGAGCUAUAGCCUCCAAACUCAGCGAACCGCCCACGGUGUUCACACGCUGGACCAUUUCUGGACCAUACUGGAUCUCAAGCGUUACAUGUGUAUCACGAUCGCGUCCGCGCGGUGCAUUGGGCUCGUUAUCACGGUGCUGCCUGCAGGUCGAGUGCGGGCCUGUUCCUUCUGGGCCUGCCACGGAUACUCAGUACGAUAUACUGACAUUAUGAUCAUAUCAUUCAUCGCGCAUUCACGGUGUCCCAGCUACAUGGGCCGCCCCAUAGAUGAUCUGCAGGCCGCCGUGGUCUGCCCAGAUUCUGCCAGUUCCACCUCACUGGCAGAGUCAGAGAACGCCGGGGUCACCGACUCGCCCGACGCCAUCUGAUGUAGCAACAAGGCUUCUCCUCACUCCGCUACGUAUUCCCACCGCCAUUUCCAUGCUCGGUAUGAACCUUUGCGCUGAAAACUCAAUUCUCAUCUCGACCCAAACUCGCGAAACGCAGGAUUCCUCGAGCAAUACGCGCAUACGGUCCCUCCGCAAGUGCGUCAGCAGAGCAUAGCGAUCUGAUAGCAUUCUACACGCUUAGAGCGCAUCGCUGAGUGGCUGUGCACUUGGUUCGCGCUCUCGAUCAUCGCAUCGCUUCCGC